AUGUCUGCCCCCCAGAGCGAAGCCUUCAAGCAGGCUGUCACCGACAGCAAGAAGCUUACCGCCAAGCCCGGUAACGAUGAGCUUCUUGAGCUCUACGGCCUUUACAAGGUCAGCACCGGCGAGGACAUCUCCAGCGCUCCCAAGCCUGGCAUGUUCGACCUCAAGGGUAAGGCGAAGCAGAGUGCGUGGCAGAAGGUCGUCGACGAAGGCACCACCCCCGAACAGGCCCAGGAGAAGUACGUCGCCCUCGUCAACACUCUCAAGGAGAAGUACGGCUACGACGCCAACAAGGAGCCCGAGGCUGUUGGCAACUAA